CUGGAGCUAUAUAUAUAGCUUGUAGUGGUACUCCCUUCUUCGACCUACACUUGGAGCAAUUUUCAACAUUAAAGACCACACAUUCGAGCUUUCCUGAGCUUCCUUAAGCUUCAGACCCUUUCCCUAACAACACCAAGAUGGCUCUUCCGCCGAAAUUCGCAGGCCAAAAACUGGCAUCGAGUGCCAUCCAACCCGCCGCCGUACACACCCUCGAGCUUUACCUCGACUAUGUCUGCCCCUUCAGCGCCAAAAUGUUUAAAACCGUGUAUACGAGCCCCCUCCGCGACACCCUCACACAAAAAUAUGGCUCUCAAGUUGUCACAAUAUUCCGGCAACAAAUCCAACCCUGGCAUCCGUCCUCUACUCUAACCCACGAAGCAGGGGUCGCGGUGCUCAAACUUGCCCCUAACAAAUUCCUAGAUUUCUCAACGAAGCUGUUCGAGCAGCAAAAAGACUUCUUUGAUGUUAAUGUUGUGAAUGAGACGAGGAAUAACACGUACAAGCGUUUAGCGAAGAUUGCGGGAAGUGUGGGCGUGGAUGAGAAGGGGCUUUACGAGUUGCUGGAGAUUAGUGAUAAGCCUGGGGAGGAUGGGGCUAUGAAUACCGGGAAUGGAGUUACGAAUGACGUCAAGGUUAUGGUGAAGAUGAAUAGACUUGUAGGGGUCCAUGUGACGCCGACUGUGGUGUUUGAUGGGGUUGUUGCUGGGGAUAUCAGUUCGGGUUGGACGAAGGAGCAGUGGGAGGAAUGGUUGGAGAAGAAUAUUGUGUGACUUGGGAAGGGAGACUGAAGGGCGUUUUAAAAAUGAAAUGGCUUAGAAGUGUGGAGGGUAAAUGGACUAAAGCUAUG